AGCUUCGGAGCGACGGCAGAUGACCCUCAAUGACCUUUAGCGCCUUUGAUCUUGACGAGCGCCAUUCCCGAUUCCAAACAAACCAGACGCCUCAACGGGACGACAUUGGAACGCCGGAUCCGCUUCACAGCUAAUCAGGAGCAAAACAUUUAACGCCGUAGACCUUUAAUAAUCAACAAAGAAGACUUCAAGAUAAGGCGAGGCAAAACAGGGCGCACAAUUGGCCGACCUUUUCAGGGUAAAUUCUUAUUCCUCACAUGCCCGGAGCGGCAGGAAGCAACCAUUCACACAGUUCCUUUUCCUAUCACUUAAGAGUUAUGAUCCUGCAGAUAAAGAACACAGCCUAUACGCCUUUAAGAAAAAUACUACUCAGAUUGAAGGAUUACUAGCGUGCGACCGAGACAGAAAUAGAACCAGGAGUAGGAGGAGAAUAAGUUGAAAAUUGUGCAAGUUAAAUUGGCAGAUAUCCAUGGUUUCUCAGCCAGCCAGAGACUUUCGGAACACGUCAUAGUGGGAGGUCCAAUUGAAAAGUGAACUUGUCUGAGCAAACUUCAACUGUAAGGAUUAUUAUUGGUGAAGACAUGAGCAGGAACCCGGGACGUUAAAGAAACAAGAGACAGCUGUCAUUUAUUUCUGGACUAAAUUAUGGUUAAAUACAUCCGCAGAAUCCUGGGAAGUUGAGGACUUUUUUGGAGAAGAAAAAACUCCCAGUUCAGUUUGAGAGAAAAAAAUAAAAAAGAGUACAAGACUUUUUUCUGUCACUAAAAAUGGAGCAAGGACACACGACUUUGGAAAGGGGUGUGAGCUGUCCGGGGAGACUGCGAGAGCCUCUCCAGCCCGUGCAGGACAUCCCGGACCCGGAUUGCACAGAUGCAUCAUGGGAAAAGACAUCUGAAUUCAACAAAGACCAGAUGAGACGGAAAACGAACUUGAGCCGCAGCACUAGCCUGUCGGAGAAAGAGCUGAAAGAGGCUCGCGUCAGAAGUCAAAUCAUCGCCGCUCAGCUAACUGUCCCCUCCAACUCCAGCUCGAGAGGUGUCCAACUCUUCAACCGGCGAAGGCAAAGAGUGAACGCAUUUACCCAGGAGAGCGGGCGCGGGGCAAGGUCACGCGAGGAUAAUGUGACACCAAAAAUCUCAUCUAACAAGCCUACAUGGGCCGAGAGAAGCAGUGAGGAGAAGGAUUUGAACUUGAAGAACAGCUCCGGUAUCUUUUUAUCAACCACGAUGUCAAAUAGUGAUAUCAUGGAGGAGCCAGGUAAGGAUUUCCAGAAAGCAGACGCCCCGGAGGAGUGUGUUAUCCAAGAGAGACAUUUUCUACCUGUCAAGGACACAGCAGAAGAAGAAGAUAAAAUCCACUCGGAGCUAGAGGAUAUAGUUAAGGCAGAAACUCCCCCUGGAAGUAAUAACGCUGAUCUGGAUGUGAUAGGCCGUGUCGAGGGGGAAGCACAGAUGAAUGAGAGCGGUGCUACUUGGUCAGUUCCCCCCGGUAAACUUCCUAAUGGAUGCCACAGUAGCUCAGGGCCCGAGAGCCAGCCUAUGUCCACCAGCAAGCAGACCAUCAAUCGUACCGCCAGGCCAUUUUUCUCGCCUCCAACUGUGCAGUCUCCGGAGGCGGUUAGCCCCGUCAUGGACAUCCCACCCGCCCCGUCCUACUCCACCCCUCCCCUACCCGCGUACUCCGGGUCCUUCUCCUCUCCGCCGCCGCCUCCGUCCUACCCGACCCCAGCGUUACCCGCAUUUACAAACCAACCUCCUCCUCAUCCUUACUACUCCAGCCCUCCGCCAAUGUCUCCCACUUCACCUCCACCACAUUUUCAACAAUACAACCCUUCACCUCAUCAUUUUGGUCCUCCGACAGCCCCGAAACCGUCAACUUUCGUACCGCAGUGCACAGCAGACAGGAAAACACCCAUACAAAUCAAGACCGGGAUCCUGGAAGAGGGGGCGGCGAGACGGGCUAAUCGAAAAGCGAUGUUCACUUUUAAGGAGAAGCCGGUGGUAGCGCCAAAUCCAGAGCUGCUUUCAAUGGUCAAAGGUGCGGAUGCUAAAAAGAAGCUAAACAAAUCUAUCCCCGAACCUUCAACGGAGGAAGAGCUGAUGGCUUUAGGGGCAGAGGCGUCAAACUUCCUCGCAAAGGAGGAGGUUAAAGCAGAAGAAGCUAAAGCGCCAGAGUGGGCAUCUACUUUAAAGACGUCAAGGACAAGACCACGAGUCGAACACAGACCAGAGCAGACACUCACCAAUGUGGCAGGGAAGGGGGCUGAGCUGUUCUCCAAGCGCCAGUCACGGAUGGAGAAAUAUGUAGUCGAGAAUCCAAAACAAGGACAAAGGCGAUCUCCUUCACCUACAAUGUCCUUGCCGCCAUCUUGGGUCUACCCGUCCAACAUGCCAGGACGGGUCAAAGCUAUUGCUAAGAACUCCGAAAUGUCUGCUCAGCUUUCCCAAAACUUAAUAGCCCAACAAGCUGCCAAGCAAAAACCCAAGCCAAAAGUGCCAAUACCCCAGCAACGUCCAGAGCCUACUCCUCCACCUGCCCCUGUGGAGAACGGAUGCUCCAAAAUAGAAAUGGACUUGUCGAGACAUAGGCCAUACCAGCUUGACUCCUCUCUCUUUAUCCUCAAACCGGUGCAUCCCGACCCUAUGAGCACCCUGCCCAGAGGAGCACCGCAAGCGAAAAACAUAAUGCGUUCCCAGUCUCUUCCUAGACAGACUUCAAUGCCCAACAAUCCACUUUCUCAGUACAGAAGUCAGUGCUUGUCUCCCCCGCUGGCGAUGAGUCCCACCUCAGGAUUCCCAGAUGCCCAGCAGAGGAUGAGCUCUCCGGCUUUCUCCCCGGAGCGGGUGGCUUCUCCUCGGUCGGGCGUCCAAGCACCGAGACCCACUUUCUCCGCCAAGAAAGCAGGUCUCGAAGGACAGCCACCCAAAGAGUCUUCUCUGAAUGUCACUUCAAACGAGUCUCCAACAGCCACUGCAGGUCCCAGCCUGACACGGCGCUUCAGCAGCCCUGCAGACCCCUCCUCGAUGGUCUGGGGUCCAGCCCGGCCCUCCGUCAUCUCUCCUUUGUCCACCCCCCGAGGCAGCAGGUGUCAGUCCCCUCUGGAUACUCACAGUGUCCAGUAUAGACCGGCCCAAACUCCCACAGGCCCCUCUCCCUGGGGGUCCAGAUGUCAGUCCCCAUCAAACACACAGGGUCCCACCAGCCCCCCCUUCAGACCUUCUCAAGCACCCACAUCUCCUCCUCCUCCCCCCUGGGGUUCAAGGUGCCAGUCUCCUAUGAUAACCCAAGCACAAACAUCCACGAGCCGCUCUGCUUUCACAUCACGACCUGCGCAAACAACCACCUCACCGGUGUCACCUUCAUGGGCAAACAGGUGCAAGUCCCCAGUGGGCAGCCACAAUCCUUCUGCUGCCCUUUCAGUUUCCAAACCAGCCCACAGUUCUCCUAUGUCUCCUCCGUGGGGCUCGAGGAGCCAGUCCCCUAUGAUAAACCACACAAUGUCCACAUCCAGGCUGUCCAACCCUGCAGCCCCCUCCCCCUUUUCUCCCUGGAGCUCCCGCUGUCAGUCUCCGGCCCUCUCUCAGAGCAGCCUGUCCUUCUCCAGACCUCUGCACAGAUCUGCUGCCUCCUCUCCGGUGCCCACGCCUAAGGACAGCCGCUGCAUGUCCCCCACUGCCAGCACUGUGGACUCAAAGACCAACCACCGCCUCUUGGCCAAGAACAUCAUCAAUGCAGCCAAGAGGAAGAACAGUGUUUCUCCUGGAACCCUCAGUGGGCACAGCCUGCCCAUCUCACCUGUGGGCACCUCCCAUCAUGACUCUCACAAACCUCCUAUUAGCCCCUUCCACAGCCGCUCUCUGGGAGCGCAGUCGCCCACCUUCACCAGCCCCCCUCCCACCCCCACACAGGUGUGCUCCCCUGUGCGCCUGUACAACACACGCUCGCUCACAGACUCUGACGCCUCAGUAGAGUCUGAGGACUCUGGCCUGCGCUCACCUGGUCUUUACUACAACUCCCUACCCCGUGGCUGGGGCGGCAGUCUGAGGGUGAAGAGGUCUACUGUAUCCACCGACCUGUGAGGCACCUCUGCAUAAACUGUACUCUGCUUUCAUCCAAGCGCUAAUGACAAGAACAAGCUGAUUAUGUAAUGAUGCUGUAGCUUGUAUGCUUAAACCAAAGACAUUUUAACUGUUGUAAUUUCACCACAAAGCUGCUUUAACAGACCCCACUGCGCAUGUACAUUUUGUCAAAUGUUUUAACAUGACCAAUGACAUAUUAACUGAUUGAAAACUUCAAGUAGACUAUGUUGGGAUACAAUGAUGCUAAGGACACUGUAUGUACUCAUAGGACUGUUAUCAACAAUAUUCAUUGAUAUAACAAGAUCAACACAUUUCAGUUAUCAAAGCGUUGGUGUAGUGAUCUAUGCAAUAAUCAUCACAUACAGUGUGUGCUUUAAGUCAUUUACUCAGUGAAUGUAAGUUUGAUGGGCUGUUGAGUGACUGAAUAACACAAAGGACAUGGUGAGAGAAAUGUAU